CUCAGGGAAAGAGCUUUAUCUCGUCUAGUUAUCCACCCACGCCCUACACACUCAGCUUCUCAGCCGAGCUCUCAGACACUGUGCUUCCAUCGAUCUGAACAUCAGUUCAUUCUUUCAUUCAUCCAUCUCAACAUCCUUUCAUCACGGCAGGAACCACGGGUCCGGCUGAUGUCAUUUCUCUUCGAGUAAGGAUCUUCUCAGAUGGACUGACGCUCUCUCAGCUCCUCAUCCUGAAUCAGUCGCCAUGGAUGAAUUCCACAGAAAACUGAAUCAACGCUAUGAAGGCGCCAAACCCAGAAAGGUGAGGUUCAAGCUGGCGUCAUCCUACAGCGGGCGAGUGUUGAAACAUGUCUACGAGGAUGGUCAGGAACUGGACAGUCCUGAGGAAAAAUAUCCUCACAGUUUCGUCCACCGCAAGAUCCCGCCAAGCCACUUGGAAAUGGAGCAGUUCUGUGGGUUUGAGGAUACAGCUGGAGACCAGGCGGAUGUCUACCCUCCUACCGGCCUGAUUGCUCAGAGGAUAAAUGUGUACAGAGGAAUGGGAAACUACAAGCCUGCUGUAACCCAGACUGAGGAAACAGAAGGAGAUGACAAAUCCUCCGUGUUGGACUUUGGCAAAAUAAUCAUCUACACCAGUAAUUUGAGGAUUAUCAGAGCCCCGCCGAGGAAGCCAGAUACUUUGCGACACCACACAGUGGCCGCUGUGGACAUGGAGGGAUAUCCAAAAGCCAAAGAGAGAGGGAGCAGGAGGAGGGCUAAAGCUCUUUGUGUGCUGGAGGGGGAGGAGAAAGAAGGGAAGAAGAUCAGUGACACACAGAGUAAGGAGGUAGACAGCUGCCAGCAUUGUGGCGGUUCAGGCUGCGCUCCCUGCUCCCUGUGUCACGGUAGCAAGCUGUCCAUGCUGGCGAACCGCUUCAAUGAGUCCAUCAGUGAUCUGCGUUGCCAAGCCUGCUACCCCUAUGGUCUGGAGAAGUGCCAGUCCUGCUCCAGCAAAUAGCACCGUUUGGCUGACGCCCUUGUCUGGCAAAAAGCGAGAGAGUGAGUGAUUGAAUGAAUGAGAGUGUGUGUCUGUGAGCGAGCGUGUGUCCGAUGUGCUAUCAGUUCGUCUGAAUUGUCUCGGCAGCAAUAUUGCUCUAAUCCAAAAUGUUCUUGGUAGGGUGUUUCGAAGCACUACUAGGAAACAUAAGCCAUCAUUGGAAGGAAGGGGGAAUUGUAACUGUGCAGUGGGCACAAAAUCAUAAAAUACAAUUACUGUGUGCAGUGAACAUGGAGUGCGAUAAGACAAAUACAUAAUCACGUCUUUGUUGUGACAUUAUUUUGCAUCUGUGCCCCUCUUCUGAUAAACCCAGGUUCCUCAACAGACUUCUGAUUUUAAUUAAACUGAUGCAAAUGUUGUGAAUUUUAUUUCAUCUAGCUACGAAAGCUGCCCAGUUCCCAUCAUCUAUCUCUCUUUAGUCACCAGAGAAUAAAACCUUUUAUAUCAUAACGUGAUGUUAUAUGAAGGUAAUUGACGCUUUCAUUUUUUUCAAAACAGAAGAGAAAAAAAGAAGGCGGGAGAUAAAGUUCUUUGAGAUACAAAGAAAGAAAGGGAAAUCCAAACAGCGUGAGGGAUGAGAGUCGCUGAGACAAAAGAAUAGAGUAAUAAAUGAUAAUGACAUAAAUCUGAUUAUGACGACAGAAUGGGGGCUCCAUGUGAAUCCAGACAAAUACUGCCUUCCUCCAAAAAAAGGAGAGCAAUGGAUAUGUAUUCAUCAGGACAACCGCCACUUUUAUUUGGAAGUUAAAAUAAAAGGCAAUUUUAAAGUAUAUUUCAAGGCAAUAAAGUUUGAUAUUCUGAUAUGAUGCAUUUGCUUCAACAACACUUUAAUAUCUGUUCAGUUUGCAAGAUAUAAAUAAAUAUAGA